AUGGCCCUCAGCAUCCUCCCCAAGCAUCUCGCCCUGCGAGAGACCUUUAAUAGGCGGCUGACGCUAGCUAUCCUGUUAAUCACCUUCUCGCAGUUCAACUUUGGCUUUGACCAGCAGGGCUUCGCAGCUACACAGGCCAUGGACUCGUUUGCCAAGCAAUUCGGCGAAUAUAACCCAGAGACCAAGAAGUAUUUCCUGCCGCCUGUGUGGCUCUCUUGGUUCAACGGCAUUAACUAUCUCGGCCAGGCUACCGGAGUCAUUCUCGGGAGCUGGGUUAGCAAGCGCUGGGGCCGCCGCAUGUGUAUGUUCACUAUGAGCCUGUGGGCCGUCGUCUGCGCGACUAUAAUUAUUACCUCCAGGACAAAGGAGCAGAUUCUCGUCGCCCGUAUUCUUAACUACAUCUACAUCGGCAUGGAGCUCGCAGUCGUGCCCAUCUUCCAAUCUGAGAUCUGUCCUCCCAAGGCUCGCGGUUUCACUGUCGGCACAUAUCAGAUCAGCCUGAUGCUUGGUGGCCUUUGUGUCAACCUAGUCGCUCGAGGCACCAGUUCGCUGACUGGUAACCUGCCAUGGAUGAUCCCCCUCGGACUCUUCUACGUUGUGCCUACUACUGUAGCAAUUUUGAUCUGGUUCAUUCCUGAGUCUCCUCGGUGGCUCCUGAUGAAAGACCGCCCAGAAGAGGCCAUGAAGGUUCUCCGGGAGCUACGCGUUGGCAAGUUUGAGGACCACGAGAUUGAGGCCGAGUUUGCCAUGAUCGUCGACGGUCUGAAAAACACUGUGGCGCAGGGUAGCUUCAUGGAUAUCUGGCGAGGCACCAACCUCCGCCGUACCUACAUCGUCAUCGGUGCCAACUUCUUCCUCCAGGCUACCGGUCAGCUGUUCACCGCGUUGUACGGUGCGCUAUUCGUCAAGUCGCUAGGCACUGUCAACCCCUUCACUAUCACCUGCACCAUCGCCGCCGUUAAUGUCAGCACAGCGCUGCUCUCCAUGGCCCUCACCGACCGCCUGGGUCGCCGAUUCAUGAUCCAUUUCGGUUCCGUCGUCCAGAUCGCUGCUCUAAUGACGAUGGGUGCACUCGGCACUGUCACUCCCACCUUCGGCAUCAAGUCCGGCAUCAUCGCCACCAUGGUCAUCUUCAACUUUGGCUACUCGUUCGGCUGGGCGCCCACGUCACACACUCUCUCCGCUGAGGUACCCAACAUGCGCGCUCGAGACAUGACCUACCGAACUGCUAGCGUGCUCAAUAUCGCCACCCAAUGCGCGGUUGCUAUCUCCAUGCCGUAUCUGCUGAACCCUCCCUACGCUGCUCUCGGCUCUAAGGUCGGCUUCAUCUUCGGUUCCAUUGCUGUGGCAUCGCUCGUCUUUGCCUACUUCUGCGUACCCGACUGUGCCGGCCGAUCGCUUGAGGAUCUCGACUGGCUUUUUGAGCAACGUAUCCCCGCCCGCAAAUUCCGCUCAACCGAGAUCAAUCGACAGCAGGAGGCCGAGGCGAGAAAGCUAAGCAAUGACGUGGCUCUGGAGCAAGUGGAGAUGAAGCAGGUAUAG